AUGGCGACGGCGGGCGGCGCUAAAAUGGAGCCUGCUUCCUGCGCGAAACAAUCCCGCUCCCGAAAUGCCUUGCGCUGUUUACGCUCCGUGCCUCUCGCGGGACGUCACAGUGAGGAGGGCGGGGGCGGGACGCCACGUGUGGUGAGGGCCAGGAAGAGACCGUGUGUGGAGCCCUGGGUUAUUGGCCUCAUCUCAUUUUUAUCCCUGAUUGUCAUGGCGGUGUGCAUUGGGCUCACUGUUCACUAUGUCAGAUACAAUCACAGGAGAACCUACAAUUACUACAGCACAUUGCCAUUCACAAGUGACAAGCUAUAUUCUGAGUUUGGAAGAGAGGCUUCUAAAAAUUUCACAGAAAUGAGCCAGAGAAUUGAAACUAUAGUAAAAAACGCAUUUCACAAAUCUCCACUAAGGGGACAACUUGUCAAGGCUCACAUUAUCAAGUUCAGUAAAGAAGAUGAUGGAAUGUUGGCUCACAUGCUGCUGAUUUUUCGAAUUCGAUCUACAGAGGAACCUGAAAUUGUGCAUAAAAUUAUUGAAUAUGUUAUGCAUGAAAAGCUGAAAUAUGCUGCGGGACCCCCCAAUGUUGAUCCUGAAUCAGUUAAAAUUAAAAAAAUCAACAAGACAGAAUCAGACAACUAUCUCAACCACUGCUGUGGGACACGACGGAACAAAUCUACAGCACAGACUAGUGUGAGGAUUGUUGGUGGGACCCCGGUAGAGGAGGGGGAAUGGCCGUGGCAAAGCAGCCUGCGGUGGGAUGGGACUCAUCGCUGUGGAGCGACGUUGAUCAACAACACAUGGCUUGUGAGUGCUGCUCACUGCUUUCGAACACACAAGGACCCAUCUGAAUGGACCGCUACCUUUGGGGCAACAUUACAACCUCCAAAACUGACGACAGGCCUCCGGAGGAUAAUUGUUCAUGAAAAAUACAAAUACCCAUCACAUGACUAUGACAUUGCACUGGCAGAGCUGUCUAGGCCAGUCCCCUGCACAAAUGCAGUGCAUAAGGUUUGUCUCCCUGAUGCAAACCAUGAAUUUCGGUCGGGGCAGAGGAUGUUUGUGACAGGAUUUGGAGCAUUGAAAAACAAUGGUUUCACCCAGAAUUACCUUCGGCAAGUACAGGUGGACUACAUAGAUACCCAAACCUGCAAUCAACCUCAAUCCUACAAUGGUGCCAUCACUCCUAGGAUGCUGUGUGCUGGCUUCUUAAAAGGAGAAAAAGAUGCAUGCCAGGGAGACUCCGGAGGCCCACUCGUUACCUCAGAUGUUAGAGAUGUCUGGUACCUCGCUGGAGUAGUGAGCUGGGGAGAUGAAUGCGGCCAACCCAACAAGCCUGGCGUUUACACUCGAGUGACCGCCUUCCGAGACUGGAUCACCUCCCACACUGGCAUCUAA